UUGUUAUUUUAUGGAUUGCUCUGCUGGGCUUAUCGCAGGCAUACGCUCCGGACAUAUGCGCAAAACAGUCUUUUGGAUAUAAAGCUGUCGAUUCACAUGACUCUAAAUCAUAUUUUCUGUGCCUAGGACUACUUGGCAAAAUAUGGAGCCAUUGUGAUGACGGUUUUCGCUUUAAUGAAUCGGAACAGAAAUGUAUUCUAGAGAAACAGUCAAGAGCAGGGAAUCAAAAUUCUGGAGGUCCAAAUAAUGUGUUCAACAUUAACCAGAACAUUACCAUGCACAAGCCACUUAUCUUUAAUAUCUUUGGUCCAUUGUGGAAACCGUCAAACCCUGCACCUCCACUACUACCAGCACCUACAACAACCGAAGAACCUGUCACUAUUUCUCCAGGGCCAGAGUAUAGCUCUACUACAUCGAUUAAUACAGCGAGUUCUCCUUCUUCAACAACUGAUAGCUCUACAGAGGGUUCUUCAUCAUCGUUCUCGGAUAGCUUUACAGAAAGUUCUACUCCAUCUACGGAUAGCACCUCAGAGAGCUCUUCUGCAUCAACGGAUAGUACAUCGGAGAGUUCUUCCUCAACAACGGAGAGCUCUACAGAAAGUUCUUCUUCUUUGGCAACGGAUAGCACCACCGAAAGCUCUUCUUCUACAUCCACGGAUAGCUCUUCAGAAAUUUCUUCUUCUUUGGCAACGGAUAGCACCACAGAGAGCUCUUCUUCUACAUCCAUGGAUAGCACCACAGAAAGCUCUUCUUCUACAGCCACGGAAAGUUCUACAGACAGUUCUUUUUCCACAACGGACAGCACCACAGAGAGUUCUAUUACUACUACUUUAUGUACUCAAACUACACCAAUCGUAGUUUAAGUUCCUUAUAACCGAAACCAACUACUACACUAGUUUGAGUUAUAUGUAGCGCUUUGGAUACUCUAAUAACCAUAUUCGAUUUAAUUGACAAGAAAACAUAAAAACGCCUUACAAUACACCCCAGAACAAUCUCUA